UGCAGCAACUCCCCUCCUCCCCGCACCACCAGUUACGGAAAUGGCAUCAAGCCCCCAGGUGGUGCCAGGCCAGGGCGAGCCCACAAGGCACAUCCUGGGGCAGGGAGAGGAGGGCACCUGAGCUGGAGACUGCAGUUUGAUGUUGUGGGCUGGAUUUCUCCAUGCGGCAGGCCCUGGUGCUGGGCCUGGAGGGAGCUGGGAAGAGCAGCGUUCUCCACUACAUCUCCAGCGAGGCAGCCAAGGACCGCACAGCCCCCACCCAGGGCUUCAACUCAGUCCAAGUGUACGCAGACGGCUUCCAGAUCGACCUGCUGGAACUUGGUGGCAGCCAGAACCUGCGAUUUUACUGGAACCAGUACCUGAGUCAGGCCCACGUGCUGGUGUUCGUAGUGGACUCUGCAGACAGGCCACACCUCCCCGCAGCCCGACAGGAGCUGCAUUGGCUGCUGGCUGAGGAUCCUCGGUUGCCCUUGGUCGUCCUGGCCAACAAACAGGACAAGAGUGAUGCCCUGAGUGUGGCUGAGCUGCACCGGGAGCUGGCCCUGCACACGCUGAACGAACAGAGGGAGUUCUUCCUGCUGCCCACGAGCGCCACUCAUGCCGCGCUAGCCACUGCCACCAGCAUCCGGCACGUGAAGAGUCUGCUGGUGGAACUGCUCUCCCAGCUCUGAUGUGCUCUUCACACCCCAGGGACAGGCAGGUUGGACUGACCCUGCUGCUGCUCGUGUUUGUCUGGACUGGAGCCUGCUGGCUCUGCACUGACGGGCCAGAGCCACUCUACUCCCAUGCUGCUAUUCCCCAUCGGGUUCUCUAUGCGCCCCUUUGGGGCCUAUGCAAGCUGCCCACAGCUGGCCGGCCCAGUCAUGGAUCUGUGGCGAGAGGGGAGAACAGCCUUUGUCCCCUGGCAGCUCAAGGGCGGAGUCUCCCGCCUCUAGAUGGGGCACAGUGAUGUUUACACACAAUAUCCCCAACCCCCCGCAGCAGGGGCGGAUGGGCACCAUUCAGCCUGGUGCACGUGGCACGAAAGGGCCCACGCAGUGCCACAGCCCGUAAAGGCCCUGCUGUUUUGCAGCCCAGUUAGACGGUUGUGCCCCAGGUAAAUGACAUUUAAAUUGACAACUCUAAUUGAAGGAUGCGCAGGCAGGCCCGGUGGCUGCUUCCUGGCCCAGGGAGGGCAGGCGAUGGGGCAGAGGAGAGGCCAUAGGAGCUUCUGCAACGAGGCUCUUCUCUGGCAGGCAGCAGUUGUCUUUCCAGGGUGUGAAGGGAGCAGAAUCCCCCAUGCGGCCGGGGCUGCUGCAGGGGACAGAUGGGGUAGGUGCCUGACAGACUGAGGCGCUGGUGCCAGUCCAGCCUCCAAGCAAAAGGCUGCAGUGGGUGCAGUUACUUCCCUGCACUCACACACGCACCCCCGCAGUGAGGAAAGGCAGUCGCGGCACCUACCGGCCUGUAAUGGGCCCGGAGCAAAGCUCCACUGGGAGAGUAAAUCACCCCCAGCGUCAG